CAAUGGAAAGUCUCAGAGGGAAUAUGAAUGAAGAAGCCUGUAAAAGUAAGGGCCAGUUAUCAAGGCAUAUACAAAGUCCAGCACAGAUGAAGUCCUCUUUUGAGAAAAUGGGGAUCAAAAAAGUAUCAAUGACCCUCAAGGAAAUUUCCACUGGAGGGAAAGGCCUUGAGCCCAGUGAAUUCAUUCUGAGCUCAAACCUUGAUACACAACAAAAAAUUCCAAAGGAAGAUAAAUCCCUAAUAUCUAGGAAAAACUCCAAAAAUAAUUCAGAAUUAAUUAAACACCAGAAACUCUUCCCACAGAAGAAACCUUGUAAAUGCAAUCAGUGUAGAAAAGCCUUUAAUUACCAGUCAGACCUUAUUGUACACAGUAGAAUUCAUGGUGGAGAAAAGCCUUUUGAAUGCAAUGAAUGUGGGAAGACUUUUAGCCGAAGUACACACCUUAUUGAACAUCAAAGAACUCACACUGGAGAGAAACCUUAUGAAUGCAGUGACUGUGGAAAAGCUUUUAGCCGAAGUACACACCUUAGUCUACAUAAGAGAAUCCACACUGGCGAGAAACCUUAUGAAUGUAGUGAAUGUGGAAAAGCCUUUAGUCGGAGCACUAACCUUAGUCAACAUCAGCGAACUCAUACCCAAGAAAAACCUUACAAAUGUAAUGAAUGCGGGAAAGCCUUCAGUGACCGUUCAACCAUAAUCCAGCAUCAACGAAUACACACUGGAGAGAGUCCCUAUGAAUGCAGUGAAUGUGGAAAAGCUUUCAGUUGGAUCUCAUCUCUUACUGAUCAUCAGAGGAUACACACUGGAGAGAACCCCUAUGAGUGCAGUGAGUGUGGGAAAGUGUUCAGCAGAAGCUCAUCCCUUAUUGAACAUCAGAGAAUCCACACUGGAGAAAAGCCCCAUGAGUGCAGAGAGUGUGGAAAGGGCUUCAGUCGAAGCUCAUCCCUUAUUAUUCACCAGAGAACUCAUACUGGAGAGAAACCUUACAAAUGUAAUGACUGUGGGAAAGCCUUCAGUCAGAGUUCAACUCUAAUCAGACAUCAACAACUUCACACUAAAGAGUAAUAUAAUACCUGAGCUUUUAUUAAUGUUAGCACAAAAGCACAUAUGCAUAACCACCCACAGAUGGAGAGGUACAUAUGUAUAGCUAUAUAUAUAUGUAUAGUUUGAAUUUUCCUUUCCUACUAGCUAUAAGCCAGUUUCAAACUUUUUUUUCUUCUUUUUUAAUGAAUAGGUGAUCAAUACAUCAAGGGGAUGACGUUAAAAACCUAACAUAUUGAAUGUAACAUUCUGGAGGGCUCCA